GCCGCCGGGUGCCCGCGCAGAGCGUCGCCGCCGACAGCGUCAGUGACGCGGCACGGACGCGUCGACGCUCAUGGUGAUCGACGCCGCGAACAGGCUCCGUUCGCAGGGCGGCGCGGUCUGCUGAGCCAUCAGAGCGGCUGUAACACCGGGCCCGUGGAGUGACCUGUCCUGUCCAAGACCCCGUGACCGUGGAGGUCCCGGCGAGCAAUGAGCUGUCCCCCUGCGCCAGCAACCCGGUCAGAGGCGGCAUGGACAACGCGGCCAACAAUAGCUCUGAGACGCGUCAGUCGGCGGGGAGCCAGCCAGGCUCUUCACUGCCUGUCACGGCCGAGGAGGCCGGCCUCGUCCUGCUGGUGCUGCUGCUCUGGCUGGUCGCCAUCGCCCUCUUCAUCAACCGCUGGGGCAAGAUCAGGAUGCUUGAGCCCUACCUGCCAGCCUACAAGAUGACGCCGCGGGCGGAGGCGCUCACCGUACAGGUGCGUGAUGUUACGAUUGGUCGUAAAGCCCAAGACGCGGAUCCCACGAAGCAACUGUCAGUGUCGGACGGCUAUCAAAGGAGAAUGUCCCGCUACGUCGAAACGUCCAACAGCUCGCGGAUGAACUCGAUGGACGAGGACGCCAUGCUCUGCCACUACAUGAUGCCGAGCCACUCGCCGAGCCGGCCGCGCCAGAACUCGCUGAUGGUGCCCAUCACCAGUCAGCUGACUGCGGCGCGCAAGGUCAAGUCCGCCGUCGACCUGGUGUCGCUGGUGAUCGCCGAGCAGCGCGAGCAGCGCGAGAGUCUCUCGGGCGGUGUUCACCAGACCAAUGUGUGAUGCGAGGCUCUCGGGCGGCCGUCACCAGACCAACGUGCGAUAAGUCUCUCGGGCGGCGUUCACCAAACCAACGUGUGACCGACCAGCAUCAGACGCGACUCUGUUACGGUCCGAACAUCACACGCCCCGGGUGAGGCCAGUAGCAUCGUGUGGACUGAAAUGCACCCUGGACAGCCGCGGUGGUAACCGACCCCCGGCGCGCGCGCUGGGAAGCGUGAGCGCGUCGGCCCUUCAGCGAACCCCUUCGAGGGUUCGUGCCAUCGCGGAAUAUAACGCACAGAGCGACCACGGCCACCGGGUCACGGUCACGUGGUGAUGGGGCGACCAUGUGAGGAGACUGCCACCGGGAACAUCGCUGUCCCGAAUGUUGUGGUGACGCUAAUAUGUAGGCGCUCUGUGCCAUAGUUCUGCCCACGAGGCAGAACACUGCUGUAUUGGAUCGCUACUAUCCGUGUACCAUAAGAGUAGCUUAGCGCGGCCCGUGAUGCUUGCCCGGUCUGUGGAUUGCUUUUGGAGACUAUAGCACUCUAUUCGCACCAAGCUGAUGAACUUGCAAUAGUACCUCCUGCCGAGGGUAGCCUAUACUAAGCUGCUUCCGCCGACACGUCUGCGGCUGCCGUGAUUACGUUUGUGUGCUGUCCAUCUUCUGCCGGCAUGUCUCAUGCGUCAGCAGCCAGCUCUGUCAGUGUUGCGGCCGCUGACUUCGGAGG